GGAGACUGUGUGCUCAGAGAACUGAUGAGAAUUAACCGUUGAUCCAGAAAGCCACACGAGGGGUGUGGGAGGAACUUGUCUACCAAUCAGAGAGAGAAAGACUUCACUUUGUAAUGGUUAAACAACUGCUAUGUGAACUUUUACUUCAAAGAACAGAUAAACACCUUGGCACAAGAAUCUGGUAUCUUUUUUGUUUGCAAGCUAAGAGCAAACCCUGGAAGUAGCAAAUGAAAGGAAGUUUCUUUGUAUCCUGAAAGAGCAACUCCUAAUCUGCAUCCACCUUGCCUUAAUACACAGACAAAGAGAUGGAGGAAGCAUGUGAAGAUAUAGAUCAGAUGUUCAGUGACUUACUGGGGGAAAUGGAUUUGCUGACACAGAGCUUGGGAGUGGAAACUCUCCCACCUCCACCAACAAAAGCAUCUAGUGAUGAAUUCAAUUUUGCAGUUGGUUUUAAAGAUUUAAAUGAAUCUUUAAAUGCAUUGGAGGAUACGGAUUUAGAUGCUUUAAUGGCUGAUCUUGUGGCAGAUAUAAGUGAAGUAGAAAGGUCUACCUUGCAAGAACCGAAGGAUGCCUCUCGCUACCAGCAAGUUGGCACAAUGCAGCCUUCUGCAGAUGCUGGUGCCAGUUAUGGAUGUCGGACUGAUCUCUCAAACAUUGCUAAUGCCCAUGUUGACAGUGGUUUACCACCUCCCUCUGUAGAACUGGACUUUGAUCUUCCACCCCCACCACCCUCAACACCUCCAGCCCCUCCUUCUGAACUACUAACUAAGGAGGAGCAAGAAACACAAGCAAAAGCUGACAAGAUUAAACUUGCAUUAGAAAAACUGAAGGAAGCCAAAGUUAAAAAGCUUGUUAUCAAGGUGCACAUGAAUGAUAACAGCACCAAGUCUCUGAUGGUGGAUGAACGGCAAGUAGCACGUGAUGUCUUGGACAAUCUCUUUGAAAAAACCCACUGUGACUGCAAUAUAGACUGGUGCCUUUAUGAAAUGUGCCCAGAACUACAAAUUGAAAGAUUUUUUGAAGAUCAUGAAAAUGUGAUUGGGGUCUUAUCAGACUGGACACGAGACUCUGAAAAUAAGCUUCUGUUUUUGGAGAAAAGUGAAAAAUACGCUGUAUUUAAAAACCCUCAGAAUUUCUACUUGUCAAACAAAGGAAAAAAUGAAAUCAAGGUAAUGAAUGAGAAAAGCAAAGAAUCCUUACUGGAGGAAAGCUUCUGUGGCACAUCUGUCAUUGUACCUGAAGUUGAAGGAGCCCUUUAUUUGAAGGAAGAUGGAAAGAAGUCCUGGAAGAAACGUUAUUUUCUUCUGCGAGCUUCUGGAAUUUAUUAUGUACCCAAAGGAAAGACCAAGACAUCUCGAGAUUUGGCUUGCUUCAUACAAUUUGAGAAUGUAAAUGUCUAUUAUGGUAUCCAGUACAAAAUGAAAUAUAAGGCACCUACAGACCACUGUUUUGUUUUAAAGCAUCCCCAGAUACAGAGAGAGUCACAAUAUAUCAAAUACUUGUGCUGUGAGGACCAGCAGGCUCUACAUCACUGGGUAACUGGUAUAAGAAUUGCAAAGUAUGGCAAGACACUGUAUGAUAACUACAUCCGUGCAGCGCAUAAGGCUGGUUUGGCUUCUCGACUGGCAAAGUCAGGAAACACUGAAUCAAUAGUUGCUGUGGGAACAUCUGCAAAAGGUAGCACACAUGCAAAUGGACAGGUUCCCCAAAGCAUAACCCUCAGUAAAACAGAUUCUUCAGAGACUGGAAAAUCUGCCGAGAUGCCAAAGGUUAAGAAACCAGACAACACAGCUGAUUCAAUUCAAGCACCAACCCCAAACACACCACAGUUGAAACACCAGCGCAAAGCUGGGGGGUCGCACUCAGCGCCACCAAUGCCGCCACAGAGAGUAUCUUCUGCUGUUACUGCUCCGUUGCAGCUGCCCACCAAUGCUGAGGGGAAAGGCAAAGUUUGCCCAUCUGAUGCAGCAGAAUUUCCUCCACCCCCUGAAUCGAUGCUGCCACCCCCUGAGCUGGAGGAUUUGCCACUGCCCCCACCGCCUCCGCCUGAAUACUUCGAGUCUCCUCCUGACUUUAUUCCUCCUCCACCACCUUCCUGUGCUGUGGCCGUGAGCGCUGGAGCACCCCCACUGCCUCCGCCCCCACCUUCUGCCUCUCUCCCAAGAAUGCCACUGUCCAUCAAGAAAAAGCCCCCACCUCCUCCCAGAAGGCAAGAAGAAAGUGCUGGGCAGGCCGGGUUGCCAAAACCAAGCGCACCACCUCCAAAGACAGAAACAGCUGGGCAAGGAGACUUCAUGUCUGAUCUCAUGAAAGCAUUAGAAAAGAAGAGGGGAGCAACGUCAUGAAAGAGACAAUUCAGGUAUAAGUGUGUGGUUUUACUUGUGAGAGAACACCGUGAGGACAAUCUGGAGGAACCGCCCAGUGCUCUUCCUGUUACCCGAAGAAACAUAUGCUCCAGAAAGUCAUGCAAGGACUUAACAUCUUUCCCAAGGACAUGGCAGUUUCCCACACUUCUAGUGCAGAGCACAAGAAGCAGCACGGAAAAUGCAGAUUCCAGAGAAAGGCCUUGUUUGUCACGAGCUAGGCGUCCCCUCCCAAGCAAGAUUGUCUCUCCAGCACUUCUUGUAAGCAUCUUUAUUCUACAUAGAUUCACAAGGAGAUGUGUUGACCCCUCUCUGCCCCACUUUACCCAAAGCUUUGCUUAUGAAACUUUCAGGGUGUCUCUGGAAGGAGGCGUGUUUUGGAACUGGGGACACCUCGAUUCUGCACUCUUGAGCCCCUAAAUGGUCCAGCCUGUGGCUGUGCUGGCGGGCCUUCAGAUUCACCUUCAGGAGGUUGGUGUUCUCCAUCUGAGAGUCUACCCAAUUCCAAAUCUCCCCUCUCCCGUCCUUCAUCUGCUUCAUUCCCACAGGUGGGAGGGAAACUGGGCCCCAUGAGUGCCCCUGAGCUACUUUCAUAGAACAGUAGAUUUGGAUGGGGCCAUGAAGGCUGUCAAUUCCAACCCCCUUCUGUUGCAGGACACCACGUUACACCAUCCCACUCAGAUGGCUGUCCAGUUUCUUUUUAACGUCUCUAGUGUGGGAGAGCCCACUACCUCUCUAGGCAGCUGGAGAGUAGGCUCAGACUGGUGCAGGUGGAGGCCUGUCUGUUAAAACAUUUCUGUUAUCCGAGUGUGAGCUGAGUGUGAGCCUCAUCUGGUUCAGUCAACUCUACAUCAUCCACACAGUCUGAGCUAUUGGUCACACCAAAAUAAGCCAUUUCUCAUGUGCACCUGGGAAUCUUGUCAGAGUGUGCACACACGACACUGUUUGAUCCAGCAAAAAGGGCAAAGAGACUCGUAGCAACUUAAGGUGGAUGGAUUUAUGGAAGGCAACAGCCUAAUCAGGUUCUCCCUGAGGUGGCCUGUUCUUGCCCUGCCUCACCAGAUCUUACCAGCUACCAUGAGCCAGAGCAGGUUGCAGAAAUACGAGGUGGAGUUCUGAAACUGUAAAUUAUAGCUCUCCAGACAGUUCUUAAAUUCCCUUCUUUUCUUACUGGCCUGAACUCUGAGAAACAUUUGUCUGAACAUACAAUUCUGCUUUCCAUAGUUAGGAAAAAGUGGAAGAUGCUACCUGAGACUUAUAAGCACAUGUUCUCCUUACCACAAUAUGCCACACCUAAUUUCUUUGUUAUUUUGAAGCAAAGACAUCUCAACCAAAAUUGACAUUAUUUUUAGUGACAUCUGAAAGCAGUAUCUAUGGUUUUUUCCUGGUUGAAAGCCAGGCUAACCAUUUUGGAGAAUUGAACUUCAGUUCUUCAUCCAACAUCUGCCGAGUCAAAAGUUAUCUUAAGCGACAGCUAAAAAUAUUUGCUCAAAGCCUUUGUAAUUAUCUGUAUAUUUUAAGUAAUGAUUGCCUCCCAACAAACCAUUCAUCAUUUAUGAUUCAUUUUAAUUCUCCAGUGUUCAUUUUAACAGUAUUCAUUGCCAGUCCAUGAAUAAAAUAUUCUGUGACUUCA